CCGCUGUGCGUUCGCAGCGCUCCGCGCGCUCUUUACGUCGGCGGCCUGGGAGGAGGCGUUUCCGGCCAUUCAUACUCCGUUCCGGUGGUCGGAGUUGUCCGUUUUUGUGCACUCUCGGACAGAAAUCUUGAAAUCUUCGUCAGGAUGAAGCUCGUGAGAUUUUUGAUGAAACUGAGUCACGAAACUGUAACCAUCGAAUUAAAGAAUGGAACACAGGUCCAUGGAACAAUCACAGGUGUAGAUGUCAGCAUGAAUACUCAUCUUAAAGCUGUGAAAAUGACCCUGAAGAACCGAGAACCUGUACAGCUGGAAACACUGAGUAUUCGCGGAAAUAACAUUCGAUAUUUUAUUCUGCCAGACAGCUUACCUUUGGAUACACUACUUGUGGAUGUUGAACCGAAGGUGAAAUCUAAGAAAAGAGAAGCUGUUGCAGGAAGAGGCCGAGGCCGAGGAAGAGGAAGAGGACGUGGCCGGGGCAGAGGAAGAGGGGGUCCUAGGCGAUAAUGUCUCUCAUGAUUACUGUUUCAAAGUGAUACGCGAUUUGGGAUAUUUUUUGUACAGGUUUUGUUUGUUUAUGUCAGUUUUUAAUAAACAUAAAUGUAGGCCAGUUGUCUAUUGACUAUCACAUUUAGUUUUAAUAGUUCAUAUAUUCAUGACAUAAUACAGUGAGAGCUGAGCAUUAUUACAUGGCAGUUCAGAAUUCCAUUCAUAGAUCAGGCUUUUAAUUUUUUUUAACUAAAAUAUUUCUUUUAUAAAUACAUAUAGCAUUUACAUACAUCUUUUUGCUUCACAUGCACUGAAUAUGUAUUUUGUUUUACUUUGACUCAAUUCUAUGAAACCUACCUACAGGUGAAAUGGGUUUUGUUUGUUACUUCAGAAGCUGAAGUCCUAUGGAAUGGGCUGUAAAAUUGGUUCUCCUUUCCUGAGUUUUACUCCAUGGAAACUUAGGUACUUAGUAAAAGUUGAUAGUCAUCUUCUAAUUUAGGAGUCAUUGGUUUUGUUGGGAUAAUGGUUUUUGUUUUUUGUUUUAUUUUUUCAAUAGUCUCUCAAUAGAAUAUAAUUUUCCAUUCUCCUGACUUGAAACUUCAGUUAACAUUUACUAGGUUAUCGGUUGUAAGCAGUGUUGAAAUGUGUUAUUGUGGAAUAUACCUGCCAGUGGCCCCUUUAUCAAGAACUUUUACAAGGAGUCCUUUAAGAACAAAAGGAAAACUACUUAUUUUAUGACAACACCGGAUUCUUUCCAGUAGUUAAGGAUUUUUAAAAAUUGUUUUAAUUGGUUAAGCUUAGAAAAAAAUACUUCUCAGUAUAUACAGUUCCUUGUAAAGCUUACUACCAUUUGUUUAUAUGUUAAGGGAAGAAAAUUAAUUUUGAAGAUGGGGGAUUAAGUCUAUUUUCACUUAAUUAAGCUUGUGGAGUUUUGUGGGGGUUUUUUGUGUUUUUUUUUUAUGAGGAAAUUGUCUGCAGACAUCUAAAAAGGUUUUAAGCCCUGUAAGAGGGUUAUGUAAGCUGAGAGGUAGCAAGAGUAUUUGUGUGUGGUAUAUGUGUCUCAGUCUUGUCUAUCCACUGAUCUGUCAGCAUUCCAAUUAUUUGAACCUAAGCAGAAAGCAAGGAAGCCCAAUGAUGCAGCAAGGUGAAGAGGAUAUUCAAAGGGAGCAAACAGAAAAGACCUGGCACAAGUGAACUAACAUAAGUUGAUUUUUGUCCUCAGACCUUAUAGGCUAAAAGGGAAGCAAAAUUAAAAUAAACAUUAAUAUGUAACUGGAAA